AUGGCGUUGAACACCCAAAUCCAGCAAUAUCAAUUCACGCCACUCAACAAGAUCCAGAGACUUAUGGGCUUUCCCAACGAAGCAUUAUUCGACACAAUUUUCGCUUACCAGAAGCUGCCUAGUCGUACAGAACCCUGCCGUUUAUGGAGAGUUGUUGAAGAGAAUGCGGCUAUUGAGUACCCGAUCUCGAUCGAACUGGAACCAAUGGAAGGGUACUUGGAGUACCGCCUUACUUUCUCGCCUCAUAUCGUACCAAAGGAGCAGGCCGCUCUGAUCCUCGAGCAGCUAGACCACCUGAUGGAGAGCUAUACGUCAAGCACCAGUGCGAUUGAGGCGCACUUCUCCGAACAACUAUACUCUAUCACACCUGCUAAAGAACCCGAACUGCCAUCAGAUGUUAGGUUACUCCACGAGCUGGUCGAGAGCACUGCGACGAAGUACCCGAGGCGCGUCGCGUUUGAGUUCGUUUGCGGGAACGAUCAGGGCUCACGUACUAUUGAGCAAUGGACGUAUGCUGAGCUAGAUGCUGAGGGGAACAGAAUUGCUCACCUUAUCACUGCGCAUGGUGUGCAGCCUGGGAGUCUGGUUGGUGUGUGUUUCGACAAAUGUCCUGAAGCAUCUUUCGCCAUGCUGGGAAUAUUGAAGGCUGGCUGCGCUUAUGUCGCUAUCGACCCUGGUGCGCCUGCUGCACGCCAGGCUUUCAUCGUUGAAGACUCGCGCGCUCAAGCUGUUUUAUCUCUAUCUUCUCAAGCUGAUCAGUUUGAGGGCAGCGUUAGUGUGCCAGUACUGAAGCUUGAUGAGAUCGACUGGCGUUCACUACCAGGAUGUUCGCUUUUGCGCAACGACCGGAUCAGUUCCCAGGAUCGUAGCUACUGCUUGUACACUUCUGGUACUACAGGUACACCAAAAGGCUGCGAGCUGACUCAUGAGAACGCUGUGCAGGCGCUUCUUGCUUUCCAGCGCUUGUUUACCGGGCAUUGGGAUACAGAGUCGCGAUGGCUUCAGUUCGCGUCAUUCCACUUCGAUGUUUCAGUUCUUGAGCAGUACUGGAGUUGGUCGGUCGGCAUAUGCGUCGUUUCAGCACCUCGGGAUCUCAUCUUUGAAGAUCUAGCAAAGACCAUCUCUGAUCUCAAUAUCACGCAUAUCGAUCUGACGCCCAGUCUCGCCCAAAUUCUCCAUCCGGAUGACGUACCCAGUCUUUGUAAGGGCGUCUUCAUCACCGGUGGCGAAAGCCUGAAACAAGAAAUUCUCGACGUGUGGGGUCCAAAAGGCGUAAUCUACAACGGUUAUGGGCCAACCGAGGCAACGAUAGGAUGCACCAUGUUCCCGCGCGUUCCAGCCAAUGGAAGACCCUCCAAUAUCGGCCCUCAGUUUGACAAUGUGGGGUCUUUGGUUCUUCAUCCCGGGGAUGAAGUGCCUGUCCUACGAGGCGGCGUAGGCGAACUCUGUGUUUCAGGAAAACUUGUUGGGAGAGGCUACCUCAAUCGCCCAGAGCUAACUGCAGAGCGCUUCCCUCACCUCGAACGUUUAGGUGCGCGUGUGUAUCGGACCGGUGAUCUCGUUAGAAUCCUACACGAUGACACAUUCCAAUUCCUUGGGCGAGCAGAUGAUCAGGUCAAAUUGCGUGGCCAACGCCUCGAGGUAGCCGAGAUCAACUCCGUCAUCAAGCAGUCCAGCUCGGCGAUCUCUGAUGUUGCAACGCUAGUACUGAAGCACCCAAAGCAGCAAAAAGAGCAACUGGUUGCCUUCCUUGUGUGUGGCAAACUCUCCAGGGCACAACCUCAGGUACAGCUAAGCGACGUCGAGGCGAUGGGGAUCGCGAAGGAAGCCUGUCAUGAGAAACUACCUCCAUACAUGAUUCCCACGCACUUCGUUCCUCUCUCUACGAUGCCAUUGAACAUCAAUAACAAGGCGGAUGCCAAAAAGCUCAAGCAGCUUUACGACGCACUUUCCUCUGGCGAUCUGCAGGCAAUAUCAGCCACUUCAAACGAGAAAGACGAAGUUUGGUCGGAGCAUGAGAAGAAACUUUGUCAAGUACUCUCUCAAGCUCUGGGUGUUAGCGAACAAUCUAUCAGUAAGGAUGCUAGCUGCUUCGAGAUGGGCAUGGACUCGAUCUCCGUCAUCGGUAUAUCGCACACACUCAAGCAGUCAGGCUUCGCAAGUGCUACUGCAUCUGUAGUAAUGCGAUGCCCGACUAUUCGACGUCUCGCCAAAGCCUUGGAAGCUGGCGGCCCCACAGAUGAGGCUCAUGGAUCUAUCCUCGCAGCACAACAAGCUAUUCACGCAGUGCAGCACCGCUACAAACGGUCUGUCGCACAAUCACUCUCUAUCGAAUCCAGCGUUAUCGAUGUCGUCGCGCCAUGUACUCCUUUGCAACAAGGCAUGAUUGCGAGAUCUCUGGAGAGCGAGAACGGACUCUAUUUCAACACUUUCCGUUUCAAGCUACAUGACAGCAUCGAUGAACGAAGACUUGACGCCGCAUGGACAAAGGUGCACGCUUCAAUUUCCAUACUUCGUACGGUCUUUGUCAACACAGAGGAAGGUCACGUGCAGGCAGUUCUCCGUGCUCCUGCCUACACUGGAAUGAUACACACUCCAGCCAAAGAACACCACCUUGCCAAAAGCUUGGAAUUGUUGAGACAACGCUGGCUAGGGCUCAAUCAACCUGACUUUACCCGCCCUUUCGAGAUACAUCUCAUCACCACACCAACGCAGAAGCUGCUGUCUGUUCAUAUCUUCCAUGGACUCUACGAUGGCAACAGCAUCGAGCUCAUCUUCCGGGCCGUCUGGGACGUCUACAACAAUAGGGAUCUACAAUUGCACGCACCUGCCUUCCAUACUGCACUUGCUCAUGGUCCGCUCAGCAUCCCUAACGGGGCGAAGGAGUUUUGGCAGAACCAUCUAGAUAAGCAAACCCUUCAUUUACCCACCAUUUCCGGCGAGGCUAGUCAAGAAGCAGUAGUUAUUACACGUACACUGCCUGGGUUGACCGGCUUUGACUCUGUGCGACGCCAACUUAAUGUUACAUCACAAGCUAUUGCCCAGGCUUGCUGGCUCAGCGUACUUUGCGAGCACGUCCAAGGAGGCGUAACGGCUGGAAUGGUCGUCUCUGGACGCAGUAUCGAUCUUGAAGGUGCAGAUCGCAUCAUAGGGCCAAUGUUCAACACCAUCCCCUAUCAGCAUUGCGCUCAGCGUGGCGAAUCUUGGUCAUCGGCAAUCAAACGAGUGCACGAUUUUAACGUCGGAGCUCAUCCUCAUCAGCACACUCCACUGAGACAAAUCAUGAAGUGGUGCAAAAGAACUCCGAGCCAGCCUCUCUUCGAAAAUCUCUUCGCGUACCAAAUCGCACAGGGAGGUGACGGAUGGGCAAAAAACGAUGCUUGGGAGAUCCUAGACACUGAAACUGUUGCUGACUACCCACUGGCUCUCGAGGUUGAGCAACGGAGGGGUGAUGUGUUCAAGUUGACAUUGGUUAGUCAAGAUCAUGUCGCACAUGAGUGUUUGGCGAAUGAGCUUCUUGAUCGGUUCGAAGAAGCAUUGCGACAGGUCUUAGUAGAUCCGUCUACUAUUCCUGCGGUAACCUUUGAAGAUGGAGCGAUGCAGAACGGUAUACUAUCCGCAAAUGGAAAGAUCAGCAACGGCGACAAGACGAGCGAUUUUGAAUGGACGAGCGAUGCCAUCAAGAUCAAAGAGGAGACUGCUCAACUAUCGGGUCUUGAAUAUUCGAGCAUCAACGAAAACACCUCCAUCUUUGAACUUGGACUCGACAGUAUUGACGCCAUCAAGUUAUCAUCCAAGCUCAAGAAGCGCGGAGUGAACAUUCCCGUAAGCGGCAUCAUGCGCGGGCUGACCAUUGCGAAAAUGGUACAACUCAUCUCGCCCACGGAAACGUCAACUGAAGCGUCUCUUCAGCCAAACCUUGACGCCUACAAAAGAUCAAUGAAGAGGCAUCUCGAACAGCAUGCGUUCAACAACACCGAUGUUGAGAAAGUUCUACCCUUGACACCCUUGCAAGAAGCUAUGGUGGCUGAGAUGAUUGCGUCAGACUACACAAGAUACUACAACCAUGAUGUACUCGAACUGGAUCCCAAUACAGACGUCAAAAAGCUCCAAGAGGCCUGGACAACAGUCGUCGCUGCGUCACCAAUCCUACGGACUGGCUUCGUAGAGGUAGAUGACCCGGAACUCGACGAUUCUUUCGUACAGGUCGUCCACAAACAACAUCAUGACUUCUGGACGCAUGUCGAAUCAGAGGGCAGGCCCGAAUUUGCCUCAAUCUUCCGUAAACUUCGACAUGAUUCCCUACAGAAUUCGCUUUCGACACCCCGCUUCCACCUUGGCUUCGUGGAGACAUCUGGCCAGCGUUACCUUAUUAUCUCCAUUGCUCAUGCUCUAUACGAUGGAUGGUCUCUUGGAUUACUGCAUUCCGAUGUGCAACGAGCUUAUAACAAUCAAUUCACCUCUCGACCAAGCUACGAGGCUUCUCUGAUCAACAUCGUCACAACGUCCGUAUCUGCUUCCGCAGGCUUUUGGCAAGAUUAUCUCUCUGGAGCCAUUACAAGCUCUUUUCCCCGACGAACAAACAUCUCUAGCGAAAGUGGCAGUCAUGUUCAUCGCCACGAACGAAACAGCGCAGUGGUACUGGAUGAGCUCCAGACGUUCGCGAGAAGGCGUAAUGUGUCAUUACAGACUAUCGGCCAAACCGUCUUUGCUCUCGUUACUUCUCUCUACACCAACAGUCUGGAUGUCACCUUCGGCUCUGUACUAUCCGGAAGAGACGAUGAGGAGCGAUCUCAACUAAUGUUUCCCACUAUGAACACGAUCGCGAUACGGUCAGUCCUGCACGGAUCUGGAGGAGACAUGCUGCAUUACAUGCAAGACAACUUCACAAACAUCAAGCAGUGGCAACACUACCCACUUCGGAAGGCCCUAUCGGCAGCAGGUGUUGAUGGAAGACUGUUCGAAAGUCUAUUCAUCUACCAGAAGGGCUUCGCGUCAGAGGAAGAGGAGGGACAGAGGCUGUACACCAGCAUCGAGGGUCAUAGUGACGUUGAGUAUCCGGUGUGUGUAGAAAUGGAGGCAAUGGACAAGAGCUUGGUUUGGCGUUGUGCGGUGAAAGAGGAAGUAUUCGACGAAGAGGCUUCAAAACAGCUCCUCGAUCGAAUGGAUGACGUGCUUAGGCACUUGAUGGAACAUCCAGAGACAUCUGUAAUUGAGGUCACUACGAAUGGCACAUCAGUAUGCGGUAUGCCGGCUUUCAAGCAGAGACAAAGUCGUGCGACAAGCAGCCAUGAGGUAGUUGACGACGAAGACGCUAGGGAUCCACCAAGCACCGAAACAGCCAUCAAGAUACGCGAGUCUCUGGCCUUUGUGUCGAAGACACCCGAAGAUGAGAUGACGAGCGGCAUGACAAUAUUUCACAUGGGGCUGGACUCUAUCAGCGCGAUCAAGGUCUCUUCUCUUCUGCGCAAACAGGGCAUCAUCCUCGGCGUUGGUGAGAUGCUCCGAGCUGGUACGAUUGAACAGAUGGCAAGUCUUGUGGAUUCGCGCACCACACAGCAGCUGGAAACCAGUGCCAAUCCUCAUGAAGUGGUCCGGGAGGCUCUCAAAGAUCUCGAUAGAUCGCACAUCCUAGACCGGGCUCAUAUCGACGAUGCAAGUGUCACAGAAAUUCUACCAGUCACCGCCGGACAGCUAUACAUGCUGUCGAUGUGGCUAAAUAACAAAGGCAGCAACUUCUACGCCGAGUUCACAUACGCUAUCUAUGGAGGUAUUGGUCUCAACGACCUCAACAAUUCGUGGCACGCCCUGGUUGCGACAAGUCCGAUUCUGCGGUCCUCCUUCGUCACGACUGGCGAUCAUCAGAUACCCUACGUAGCAGUCGUGUUGAAAGAUCUGGAGAGCUCUGUCACAGAUAUCACUGGCUGCACACAUGACGAAAUCCGCCAGCGCGUCCAGACUACAACGACCAUGCAGCCUUGGGCCUACCUCUUCGCCUCACAAACUUCCAGCGGCUGGGCGUUGAAGCUGAAGAUCCACCAUGCAUUGUACGAUGGUGUCAGCUUACCUCUUUUGAUGCAGAAAUUGCAAGCCAUUUGCAACGGCGCUGAAGUCGAUCCGCCAGACAAUACACUUGCCCAGAUGGUCGCUAAAGGGUACGGGACAUCGGAAUUAGAGAAGAAGAAGAGCUUCUGGACUCGGUAUCUCGUGGACUUUGCCCAGAAGCUCUUGAUGCAGCCUGCUGAGAGCCCCAAAACGAGGACACAGCUCUUCAAGCCAGCCUUGUUCGCAACGCCCAACCUGGAGGCAGCUGCGCGCCAACGUGGUGUUUCAACGCAGUCCAUCUUCCUCGCUGCGUACGCAAAGGUUCAUGCUGCGAGCACAUCGGGCACUGCAGAUGAAGACGUGAUCAUUGGUGUCUACUUGGCCAAUCGCUCGCUGCCUAUCAAUGGCAUUGCCUCGGCUGCUGUACCAACAGUCAAUCUACUACCACUACGUGUCAGUAAGCCGCUCAAACGCCAGAUGGUAGAGAUGGCUGAGGAUAUCCAACGCGACCUGCAAGAAAUCAGUGAGCCCAUGAACGCUUCUGCUAGCCUCUUCGAGAUCAGCGAAUGGACAGGUGUCAAGGUUGACACUUUCGUAAACUUCCUAUCUCUGCCGGAUACUCCAGAGGCGGAGGGAGAGGCCCAGAAUAAGGACUCAAUCACUAUCGAACCGACUCAACAAUGGGAGCAGUCGGUCAGUAGGGUGACCGAAGUGGAGGAGCACAGCUUGGAACCACCUGCUGAACUGGUGGACGAGCGUGUCAAUGGCGCAUAUUUGCAUGCUAUCGAUAUCGAGGCGACCAUCCGCAAUGGCGCCUUAGAUGUGGGCGUCUUCGCACCAACCGCGAUGCUGAGCCUUCACGAUGGCGAAGAGCUGAUAAACGAGCUGAGGAGACAGCUGGAAACGCUCUGA